AUGCGCUUCGCGGACCUGCCGGACGAGCUGAAGGACGCCGUCGCGCGCUUCCUGGACCUGGCCGCCGUCGGCGCCGCGCGCCAGGCGCGGCAGCUGCUCGGCGACGCCCCGUUCCGGCGCAUCUUCGAGGCCAAAUACGGGCGGAAAUCUCUCUUCCGGCUCAAGCAGCCGAGGCCCUUCACGUCCUACGAGAACCUGCUCUACGAGCGCGCGGGCGCGCGGCGCCGGGACCUGGCCGUCGUGCCGGGCGUCUUCCGCUACGAGGGGCACAGCGUCGACCGCAAGGGCCGCGUGAGCUCGCGCGGCACGCUGGUCUUCGACGAGACCCACUUCUUCACGGGCUGCGUGCGCCACGCGCGCCAGGGCGACGGCGCGAGCCUCGAGGGCACGGGCAUGGGCAACCUCUGCGCGGACAUCUCGCCGAGCGCGGGCAAGCGGCUCUGGGCCUUGGCCUGGAAGGAGCGCGUCGAGCGAAGCGUGGGCGCGUACACCUACGUCGGCGCGCUGAGGCACCUGCCGGACGAACGCGCGAUGCUCCUCGCGCUGCUCUCGUGCCAGGCCGCUGCAAAUGUCGCUGCAAAUGAUGCGACCUGGCACGAGAGCAGCGCGAAUGAUGCGACCUGGCGCGAGAGCAGCGCGACAUCCGUUACCAACGCGACGCUGCGCUAUCUCUCCGGCGGCGUCGUGCCCAUCCUGAACGGCUCGACGCCGGGCAUGGUGCCCAAAGUCGGCAACAACACGCUCGGCGUCGAGGACGGUACCAUCGUCGUCGUCGACGGCAUGCUCCACAUGUUCCCGACGGAGAUGCACUGCGGCUGGACGAAGACGCGCGUCGUCCACUUCACCGCGCCGCUCGACGACAACCUGACGUGGACGUUCCGCGGCGGCGUCACGCCCUACGGCCACGGCGUCUGCGACGUCGACGACCACCACGCGAAGCUCUGGAGCGGGUCGCCCCAGUGGGAGGCGCCGCGGCCCGGCGAGCCGGAGGGGCGGUGGUACAUGUCGGUCGUGGGGUACAACGAGGACUGCGAGGACAAGGCGGGCGGCACGGACGGUCGCAUCCUCAUGUUCCGCAGCGCGACCGCCGGCCGGGGCGGCAUCGACGGCCCCUACGAGGAGCUCGACGACAUCUUGAAAGCGGACGGGCUCGUGCCGAUGGCGGGCGCCAGCGCGGGCGCCCAGGCCUGGGAGGACUGGGGCUACCCGCGAGGGCUGCCCUGCGCGUUCAAGACGGGGGGCAACAACUGCUCCUUCCCGGAGCGGAUCGUCGAGGACGCCAUCUGCUCGUUCUCGCCGUCGUACCGCAGCGCGCUCCCGGACGAUCCGCCGGGCCGGCUCUGGGCGUUCUACGGGAGCGGCUGGGACACGGGCCAGUGCUACUCGGACGCCGGCGUGCUCGGCCCCUGGACGCGCGCGCCGACGGGCAACCCGCGGCCCAUCGGCAACUGGUCCGACGGCGGACCCGAGAACCCGCUGGUCUUCAAAUCGCGGUCGGGCGUCUACCUCCUGAUCUGGGCGGCGAAUCUGCUCCAGGUCGAGCACGGCCUGGCCUUCGCGUGGUCCAAGGACGGCGUCAACUGGGAGGACAACACGGGCGGCGGCAUCCGCACGGGCAAGGCCGGCUACAUGAUCCCCGUGUCGCCGCCGGGGCACGUGGCCUUUCGCACGCCGCUCGCGCUCGUCGAGCACGAGGAGCGCGACAACUUCUUCACGUUAUUCUUCACGGCGUUCGAGAACGACCACGCCAAUCCGGCCGCGCCGAUCGGCGGCUACGAGAACGCGUACGCGAGCGAAGUCGAGCUCGUGCUCACGUUCUAA